GAGACCAAACUUCUUCCACUUUUGCGUGGCCAUGAUCUUAUUCAUCACAUUGAUGGAACCAUGGCACCAUUAGCCCCCACCGUUGAACAUAAUAUCCCCAAUCUUGCCUAUGUUGCUCGGUAUUGUCAAGACAAGUUGGUCCUCAAUUGGUCUUGUUGA